AUGGUUGGUAAUGAGCAGGGUUCUCGAUCUCGCUAUGCCCCAAGUAAUAAUCGGUUGGUGGAUAACCUUUCUUUUUCCUUCUAUGUUACAAAUUUUCCUCCUAAUGCCGAUGUCAAGUCUUUGUGGGACGUUUGUGCUAAAAUUGGGACAGUGGCUGAUGUUUAUAUGGCUCGGAAACUAUCAAAAUUGGGUAAGAGAUUUGCUUUUGUUCGAUUCAUUAGAGCUAGCGAUGAUCAAUUAUUGGAACGUAGACUUUGGGAAAUUUGGAUGGGAUCGUAUCACUUAUUUGCUUCGAUUUCUCGGUUUAAUCGGGCUGUUAAUGGAGGGGCGAAUUCACAGGGGCAGGUUAACAGGUCAGUUUCUCAGGGGCUUGGUAAUCGAUUUAAGACUGAUGAACAGAUGGGGAGGUCUCAGGUGUAUGUUCAUGUCCAGACUGGUUCAUAUGCCAGUGCAGUUAAGGGAGAUACGGGUAUAAAUGUGAAGAAAAAACUAGAUUCUGGUGUGUGCUUUUUACAAGGAACAGAGCUUGACAAUCCUUUGUCCAUGCGGUCUUCAAUUUUUGGUAAGCUGAGAGAUAUCAGAUUGAUCCCAAAACUGUGUAUUCUUCUGAAAGAAGAAGGAUUUCCUGAGAUUGUUAUCAAAUAUGUUGCUAGUGAUUGGGUGUUUAUUUCUUUCCUAUCCGAGAAUACUUGCACUCGGUUCAAGAAGUGUGAAGGGUUAAGUCUUAUUUUUCAGUUUUUAGACCGGUUGUUAAUGGCUUCUAUGUUAAAGAGCGUGAUAUUUGGUUAG